ACUAUAUGUACAUCUUUGUCAAUGCUUUUUUCCAACUUAAAUGAUCCUAAACAAAUCAAGUCUAUCAUCGCUGCUCUAUCUCCUUCACUUUGUUCGUUUAUUGUAAAUGUGCAUUGCACAAGCCCUUCGGAGUUCCGCUCAAGCGAUAAAAAAUUCAACAAUGCCAAAUACUUGUUAAAAGUUGAGAAAUUAUGGUCUGAUAUCUAUUGUGUUUGCAAAGUCGUUAUAAAGCUGAUUAUGACUCCUCCCUCCUUGAAACGAUGAGUGAUCUUCUUGAAUGUACUUUAUGUCAUCAACGGCAACAAUUUAAAAAUCAAACUAUUGUUUUCUGGAAUGCAACAUUUGGUCAAGUAAAACAUCUUUCCUAUCCAGAUUCAUUGAGUGAUGUUUUGAGAAAAGUAAGUGAGAAGAAUCAACUUUCUUUGCCUGGCUGGCAGAAGUCAUCGAGUCAUUCAUUUGCAUUUGAAGAUUCUGAAGAAAUAACCACAAACGAUAGCAUUUCUGCGCAAGCACGAUGCUUGCCUAAAACAAGUUUUGAUCCUUUGUCUCCAGAAAAAUUGAAAGGAAGUUUUCUUUUUAAAAGUAUCAGUGCUAGCAAACCAGAGCAUACUUCACCAGAAAACAAAAGAAAGUUUCCUGGUAAUUUUAAUGCCAGACGUAAACUACCUUUGCCAUUAGAUUCUCUAAAGGAUAAGGAUUUCGUUGUAAUUGCGCCGUCACCAAAGAAAAAAAGAUUGUUGACUGAACAUCAAAAGGAAGUUAAAAAUCAGAAAAAGCUAGAAAGUGGAUAUCCUGCGCUGUAUAGCACGAUUGACCAAUCUCAAGAUGGAACUCAAUUUAAUGAGUGGAGUGAAUACUCUUUGAAUCAAUGUGAUAUGGAGACAAAAGGAGACAACCCAGCGAAAGUGAUCAACGAUGGAAGUAACAUUGAAAAAACCCCUAAAAAACAAGCGUCCAAGAACUACAUUCAACCCAUAAAAGAGAUGCUUGGCGAUGAAAAAAAUGAAGAAAAUACAUUUUCACCGUCUAUUUUAAAUUGUUUUGUAUCAUCAAAAGAUGGUGAUUUCAUUCUUCAAGCCAAGGAGGUUAACAAAACACUCACUAUUGAGUCAAAACAUAUCAGUGAAGAUAAAGACGUAGGACCAAAAAACAGUCGUAAUUCUGAUAUUAACAAAGUGGAUGAUGAUGAACUUAUACCACCAUCUCAAAAUACACCAAGCCCAUUCACUAAACAAAGGAACGAUAAGUCGACAGAAAACAGUUCAAAAUAUGAUACCAUUAAGAAAGAAACACAUUUUAUUUUAGAUGAUGUCAGUUCUGAGGAAACUAGAUCAACAACUAAAAUAUCUCCAGUAUCUAGUCGCACUCGUUAUAGGAAAAAACCGACUCCUUACAAACAGCGAAAUAAAAAACAUGGGACAAGUUUAACAAAUACAAAAUCGACAACAUUCUCGCCGUGGGAUGAAUGUUGUAAUGAUCAAUUGUCUACAACGAUCGAAGAUUCGUUUGUUUUUGAAAAUUUUUCAACAAAAGAACGUGCUGUCACUGAUCUUAAAAAAGUGUCGAGCAUUAAUAACUCGACUGUUAACAGUACAUAUCAUUGUGGUGAAGUUGAAAACAAAAGCGCACAGAUGGACUCGGAAGAAUUUUCGGAUCACCAAAUGGACGAUACCCAAAUAAUACAGAAAGACGAGAUUCUUAACAUCAAUAAACCUUCUGAUGAUAUCAUAAUGGAAAACGAAUCAGUUGGAAACAAGCCAUCGUGUUCAAUUUCAGGAUCUGUUAAGUUCGUUCAAAGCAUUCCUUCGACAACAGGUAGACAUUUUGACCAAUUUUAUCGUUCCGUCGUCUCUCCGGCUUCUUCACCGACCACUGGAAUUUUGAAAAAAAGUCGAGGGAAGUCUGAAACACCUUCUCCCCCUGGACAGACACGCCGUGUUUCGUUUGCAUUCCCGAUUAUUGAUGAAAAGAUUGAUAUUAACGAAGAAAGUACAACGGAAACAAACAAUUUCACUCUAAUCAAAUCAGCAAAUAUGAUUUUAUCAACCCCAUUAUCAGAUCAUGAUGACUGUGUCUAUCCAGAAUUGGUUGAGUGCAGUACUCCUGUAGAACAAAUUUUGCCAUCACUUGCAACCUCCAGAUUUAUUCGUGGUCUGGGUCAUGUUGUACAUGCACAAAACAUUCGGACUGUUGGUAAUCUAUCAUCUCUUACCAAGCAGCAAGUUGAGAAAUUGCCCAUUCGUUCUCCUAAAGUCUCAACUCUUCGUCGAGUUCUAAGAUGUUUUCAUGAAAAUCGUCUUCCAAAAUGCGCCAAAAGCAAUCACCUACGAGCAAUAAAAGAGAUCCCUGAUGACGUGAAGAAUGACGCAUUUGAUGUUUCUGAGAAAAGUGUAGCACCCAAUGACUCUUGUGCUUUAAAUGACGAAGAACCAGUAGGAUAUACAGUCCCUGCUACUCCUUCGAGCUCUUGCAAUUUUUCUGAUAAACCUGAAACUCCAAGACGAUCUUCUCUUGUGAUUCCGACGACAUUAUUUAAAAUUAAGUCAGAGAUUACGAAUGAAAUCGUUUGUGGCCGUGAUUGUGAGAUGAAUAAUCAAUCAGAAAGUCCAAAUAACCAAAAGAGCAAAAACCAGCCUGCAGUUGUAAUGUGUAGAGAUGACCAAGUAAAGAUUGAAUCUGAAACAUUUACUGAAAAUGAAAAAGUUGAUUGUAUUGAUGAAGUUGAGGUUCGGGAAAGUUUUCUUACGGUAAAAGAUAACAUGAAGUACAGUGCAGAUGGUGCCGGGAUAAUGAAGGAACAACAUGAAAUUGAUGAUAAUUGUGAAUUUGGGAGAGUCACUUCUGCUAAGGGAGAUACUGCGGAUGAAAUAGACAAUUCAAUUGACGAUGUUCAUUUAGAAAUUGACAAAGUUGAUAAAAUUAAUAUUGACAGAGGUGUUGAAACUAAAAGUGACCUUCACGGAGUAACUGUUAAUGCCAGAAUCUGUACUGAAGAAAAGACGCCUGAAUUACUUAAAACUAACAUCCUGUCUGCAGGUGAUAUUUUCAGACAGGUCGAUCAGGAUAUUACGAUGGUAAAUAAAUGUAACAACGAUGACAGGAAUUCUUCAAUUCCAAAGAAAAGUUGUCAUGAAACUGUUUUUUCGUACAAUGAGAUUUCAAAUGAUUUUGUUUCAUGCAGUUCCCUGGAUGCUCUGAACAAACUACCGUUGGAUGAGUUAUUUUUGAUACAAGAAAGGUUGAUGACUAUGUUAACUAACACCAAUGAUGCUAUUCGCUUAAAAUAUAAGUUAAUGAAAGAUUAGAAGCAGCGACGAACAAUACAAACGCUUAUAUUUUAUUUUUAUUGGUUGCUUUAUUUUUUAAAAUAGAACAUAUAUUUUCAGUUUUAUUGCGGAAGCAACUUAUGAUUACUUUGAUAUUUGAUGAAAAUUGUAUUUUCUUGAUCUCAUGAUUUCUUCAUUUACAAGUAACACGGUUCGUUCAGUCAUACAUUCUGUCGUUGAUUUUUGUUAUUAAGAAAUUACUGAUAAACGUCAAGUGAAUGGCCCAUCACACAAUUCAAUAGUAUAACAAUAACAUACAAUAAACUCAACGGUUGUGGACAAAGUGUGAUUUUACUGGCCUGUCAAAUAAUACCAAUUAUGAUAAAUGGAUGAGCUGUAAAACUCAAUGUUCUCGUGUUAAAAUUAAUCUAUGAAAUUAAGGUUAAUUCAAAUUACAAAUCAAAAAAAUAA